CGAACCUUUCCUCAUUUCCCCAGAACAGUUGUUUCUCUCUCCGUCUGAUCUUUAUCUCUGUGCGUGUCUCCCUCCCUCUCUCAUCUUCCUUUCUGUAGACUGUAAUUGUUUGGUUGUGGGUUUCUCUCUGUAACUACCAUGGCUACCGAGGAGGUUAAUAAGCCUCAGUCGCUUCCUCAGUACUCAGAGAUGAUACUAGCUGCGAUCGCAGCUUUGAAUGAAAAGAAUGGCUCGAACAAGUCGGCCAUAUCGAAGUACAUCGAGUCACAAUAUGGAGAUAUCCCUGCCGGUCACUCACAGCUGUUGUCUCACCACCUGAACAGGAUGAAGGAAAGCGGAGAGCUCAUCAUGGUUAAGAACAAUUACAUAAAGCCCAACCCUGAUGGCCCUCCAAGACGAGGCCGUGGCCGUCCACCCAAGCCGAAGAUUCCUCUUCCGCCGGGGACCGUUCUUUUACCGCCAAGGCCGAGAGGUCGUCCGCCUAAGCCGAAGGACCCUUCUGCUCCCGUAGUGCCCAAGGUGUCUUCAGGUAGACCUCGUGGACGCCCACCUAAGAAAGCUAGACCUGCAGGUGCGCCCACGGCGGCGAGUGGGCUUCCGACGAGGCCACGCGGUAGACCACCUAAGGCGAAGGCCCCAUUUGCGGCAGUGGCUGUCUGACCUUGAUUGAGACUUUGUAGUGGCACUCCAUCUAAUUGUUACCUCCUCUUCCCAUCUCUCCCCUCUCUGUGUCUGGUUUUUCUUUCCUUUUUUGGGUGGUCUUAGUACGAGUGUUCCUGUAAUUUAUGUAAAUUAGCAGCAACUAUUGGAGUUUAUUUUACUUCCACAGCAACAACAGCAGAAAAAGAGAUUACCAUUGAUGUGGGGUUUUCUCUUCUUGCAUGUCUUGACUUUAAUUAACCAAAAGAAGAAAUGGGUUCUCUUUUACUUCGCUGUUAAGGCUGAUUGGGGAGCGUUUCUUCGGUUUCAGACUUUUCAGUGCAAAAUUGGUGCAGGACCUUGUGAAGUGUUUGAUUAGCAGAAGUGCUGUGUGAGCACUUUUCCAAGAUAAAGUCAGCUCCUCCAGGAGCAAGUUAUUACUUGACAUUUGCAUUGGAUACGUAUCCAUCCACAUGUCUACUACUUAUCUGAGUCUCCUACUCUCCAUGUCCUACACAACACGAACUUGUCUGUUGGUCUCUGUCUUCGUUCUUCAUUCUUCAAGGGAUUUGGAAUUUUGGAUGGAUGGAUGGGUGAUCUAAGAACUGAAGAUAAUAUGGAUUUGUGUAAUAUGACUACGUUUUUAUUAAUUGGAGUUGAAAAUAGUGCACUGAACUAGUUUUGUUGGGCGUUGGAGUGGAAUAGCAAAGAUACUAUUUGGGUCUGUUUC